UGUUUUCUCUUUUUAUAUACAAAAAAUAUAUGUCAAUAUAACAAAGGAGUUUUAUGUCCAACAAGCAAGAUUACGGUCUUUGUUAUUAUAACAGUGACAUCCGUGAUACCACUCAAUUUCAUAGGACUACGUUGUUAUAGCUCUUAUCCCGUAAUUUCACUAUAUUAUAUGAUUAAGUAUAUCUGAUCCCACAAUCGAAACAGCUUAUAAAACAAACUGUUUCACGACUAAAAUUGGACAGAGGUACCUAGACGAUUUUUACAGUCUGCCUCAAUUUAUUUUGUAAUAUUUCUUUAAUUAUCUAUAAGUAAACGACUUUAAGUUGAUUAAUUUAGGACCACUUAAAAAUUGUUUUACUGAUGUAAUCUAUGAGACAUAUUGUGGUCUUGUAACAAUAUUUACAAUGCAAUAUCAUUAGUUAUCAACAAAUAGGACCCAAUGACCUUAUGUAUAACUGAUAAAUCAAUUGUUUAUGCUCAGUUACUGUCUUUAACGGCGAAGUGGUCGUAAGUAAGUUACUAGUCAAAAUGUGUUCGAGAACUUUUAAUGCAGCUUUUCUGGCUAAGAAAAUAUUAAACACAAAACAAAUAACGUCGACUGCAGUUCAAUUUCGUUUAUACAGUGCCAGUGCUAAAGAAUCAUUGAAGACGCCGCUACAUGAUUUACACAGUAAAUAUGGGGGAAAAUUAGUUGAUUUUGCUGGAUUUCUCUUGCCGGUACAGUAUUCAGAUCUAAGUGUAUCUGCUUCACAUUUGUUCACUAGACAAAGUGCAUCUAUUUUUGACGUAUCCCACAUGCUUCAGACAAAUGUUCGUGGCAAGGAUUGUAUAGCGUGGUUUGAAUCCAUAUGUCCCGUUGAUUUGAAGGGAAUGGCGGAAGGAACCAGUUCGCUAACAGUAUUCCUAAAUGACAAAGGAGGAAUCAUUGACGAUUUGAUUGUCACUAAAGUAAAUAAUGAAUGUCUGUAUAUUGUUUCUAACGCCGGACGUUUGGAAGUAGAUAAGCAACAUAUGACAGAAACAUCUGAAGUAUUUAGAAAGCGAGGCAAGGACGUCAAUAUUAGUUACUGGGACGUGAAUCAAAGAGGUCUAAUCGCUGUCCAAGGACCAAAGGCUAUAUUAGCUUUGCAAACACUUACUGAUAUUCCUCUAAGUGACCUAAUAUUCAUGACAUCUCGUAUAGGGUCUGUGGCCGGUACUGAGUGCAGGAUCACUAGAUGUGGUUACACCGGCGAAGAUGGAGUAGAGAUCUCUGUACCAGCUGACAAAGCGCAGACAAUUACAGAAGCUUUACUGCAUUAUGAAGAUGUUAAACUUGCAGGUUUGGGGGCGAGAGAUUCACUUCGCCUAGAAGCAGGAUUAUGCCUAUAUGGCAAUGACAUCGAUGAAAGCGUGACUCCGGUAGAAGCAAAUUUGACUUGGCUAAUUGCAAAACCGAGAAGAAAACAAGCUGAUUUUCCAGGAGCUGAUAUAAUUUUACGCCAAAUAAAAGAAGGCGUAUCCAAAAGAAGAGUAGGUAUAAGAAUGGAAACUGGUGCACCGGCAAGAAAAAACGCUUUGCUAAAAGAUGCGGCAAGUUUUGAGGUAAUUGGUAAAGUAACAAGUGGAUGCCCCAGCCCCUAUCUGGGCGGAAAUGUUGCUAUGGGUUAUGUUAACGAAUCUUUAAAGAAGAUUGGCACUAAACUUCUAGUAAAUAUAAGGGGCAAAGAUGUUCCUUGUGUUGUAGCCAAAAUGCCGUUCGUCCCAUCUAAUUAUUAUACAAAAAAAUAAUACAUUUUCU